AUCACCAAUCGUGGCUUUUCUCCCCUCUAGGCCAUGGUUUUAUUUGCUGGGCCCAAGAACUUCAAGGUUGAGCUGUACAACUGUUUUGUCAGUCUGUGUGAGGAUCCACACUACAUAGUUAGACGAACAAUUGCUUGUGGAUUUCAUGAGGUGGCCAAGUUACUAGGUUCCCAUGUACAAUUAAUCCAGCAGGAGCUGGUCACGUUACUCAAUGAUAAUUAUAUACAGGUCUUAGAAGGAAUAGUUCCACAUCUUCCUGAGACUUUAGAGAGCUUAGUAAAAGGCGUAGGGGGAGGACUGUCAGAAGCUAGGGUAAGUAAUACCAUAGACCUACAUAUGUACUUUAUUAUUCAGUUACCACUUCUCAAGGAUAGAUAAGAUCUACCUAUCUCAACAUAGUAAGAUUUUGAUUGGUGCCAUGACCAAAGGCUCGGCCCAGCUAAGAGUGAUAUCAAAAGUUGUACUAGUCUGUCCCAUAAGAGUACCAAGAAAGUACACUCAGGUCGAAGCUAGACCUGCUUUGACUUACAUUUAAAAAACACAAUAACAAUAACAGUAAUGACACGUUUCUAUGACAACAUAAACUAUGAAAUACUACCACAAAUCAAGUUAACUGUAAGUCACUUGGCGUUUAAAUGUCCUGAGCUUCAAUAGACUUUCAAGAGGAAGCUUGUUCCACAACUGCACACCGUAGUACUGCAGACUGCCACAA